AUGAGAAGAAAGGUAAAGGAGGGGGGAAAAUGGGAGGUGCUGCAAAAUUAUCACUGCAAAUUGAACGUCUUGUUGAGGUGGUUGAGAGUAGGAGUACUGGAACAUCAAUGGCUAAUACAGUUUCACAAGGAAACUAGUAUUGCUGAAGUGAUGAAAGAUAUUGCAACUUUACCUGGGGCAGAGCGUGGUAGCAAGUUAUGGUGGUUUGCAACUAAAUUGUUUUGUGCUCAGGAGAAGAGAGAGAUGUUUGUUGUCAUGGAAGAUCCUGACCUCAAGCUUCAAUUUCUAAUCAUGAGUUAG